AUGCAUGCGACGACGCGUCUUGUGAUGAUUUUUGCGAUCGCUUCGGCGACAGCUCCUAUCGUCUCGCAAAUCGAAGCACGCAGAUAUCGCAGACAAAAUGAGGUAACAAUUCAUAAUUAUGCAGAAGCCAACAUUCAUCUUCGAUGUCAGUCGAUUAAAAUGGAUCAAAAACCAACAUUUUUAGGACCAAUGAUGUCGUAUUCGUUUCGUUUUCAUGACAUUGAUAGAGGAAAUCGACACUUUUGGUGCGAUGCGUUGGGCCUUUUCGGAUUUUUCGAAUCAUUCGACGUUUAUGGACGAAGUGCAUCUAGUCGAACAAAUCAAACAUGGUAUCUGAAGAAUGAUGGUCUCUAUUAUAAUCAUCAAGAGAAUCGGGUGAUUGAAUGGACUUGGGUCUAUCCACCUCUUGAUUCGUAUGCAAUCGAAUCAAUGAAUGCAGUAGACAUUGGCCCGCUUCCAGUUUAA